UCUUCCGUCGAUUUUGUCGAUGGACUACAAGAUAUUCGGUUGCUUCUUGUUGGAAAAACUGGUCAUGGGAAGAGUUCUACUGCUAAUUCAAUUCUUGGACUGAAAAAGGGACACGAUGACAGCUUUGUCGAAAAGACAAGCUCAAAAUCGGUCACACUAGAUGUCACACGUAAGGUGUGGAUACGGUUUGGACGCAAAAUAGAGGUUGUGGAUUGCCCUGGAUUUUGUGACACUUUUUUAACGGAAGAGGAAAUCAAAGAAUGUCUUAAUAAAAUAAUAGCGUUAACCCUACCUGGAUUUUCUGCUGUUGGGUUUGUGCUUAAACCGGACCGUUUUACAAAGGAGCUAAUUGACACUGUUGAAGCUUUCAAUGCAUUUUUUGGAAACAAUGUUCAACAAUACGCUUUUAUCAUCCUUACGCAUACGAAUUGCGAGAUAUCUAAAGAUGAAUACUUACAAGAUAGGCAUGAAUACCUUGAUAAAUUAAGAAAUUUGUGCGCAGGAAAUGUCGUUUUCAUUGACAACAAAUGUGAUGACUCGACGAAGGAGAAACAUGUUGGACGCAUUAUCGAGGAAAUAUAA